AUGGGAGAACCAGCAAGCAAGAUCCUGGAUCGUGGCCCUGCCAUAACACGGUCCAUCAAUCUGAACUUUCAAGGCGACUGGGGCCAGGCCAACUUUCACCGCAUUAUGAGCUGGCUGGUUCAGGAACUUUGUGAUCGCUGCGGUCCGCGUAGCCGCGUGGCCAUCUUCAGCAUGCGCGGUGGCGGAUCCGAGGGCGUGACGCUCGUCAACGAUGGCGAGAUGCAUAUCGCACUUGGCACGCCCGUCGCGCUGAUGGGGGCGGCCCAGACUGGCGAGGCUAUUUUCAACGGGCAAAAGUUCCCCCAGUUACGUGCGCUGGCGGUGCUACCACAGGACGACCGAAUGAUCCUCGGCAUUGAUCCCAAAUAUGGUUGCCGAACUUUUGCUGAAAUUCGUGAGAAAAAACCGCCCAUCAAGCUCGUCAUAGGGCCAGAUUCGCCAGAUUCACCUACGGGCUGGGUGUCUCACCGCUUCCUCGAGGCCCACGGCAUUACGCCAGACCUCAUUCGCUCCUGGGGCGGCGAGGUGGUUGACACCUGGUGUCGGCCAGAACAAUGCCUCAUUCCGGUCAAGGAGGCAAGCAGCGACAUUACGGCUGCCGUUCACGAGGCCAUCAUGACCCCUUGGUGGACAAAUAUCAUCGACGGCCCUCGCAAGUUUAUCCCAGUUCCCGCAGAGCCCGAGGCCCUGGAGAAAUUGCAUAAGAUGACACUGCUGGAGCCUGCCACUCUGCCAGCAGGUUACUGGGACUCGCUGAAGGACGAGAUCCCUACACUCUCUUUCCGAGACUUCCUCCUUUUCUGUCGCGAAGACUUGCCCGAUGACAUCGCGUAUCUGCUGACCUGGUGCCUGGUCGAGACCAAAUCGAUGAUCGAGAGCCAGUAUCACCAUAUUAACCCAAACAAGACCCCUUUAGGCUAUCCAUUCGAUCCAGUCAAAAUGGCAAAGACCUCCCUUCCACUACACCCCGCUGCGGAGAGAUACUAUCGCGAACACGGAUACCUUUCAUGA